ACUCGCGUCCGCGCUUCAGUCGACGCACGCAGGGCGAAGCGUGUAUUCUCGCGUGCGCGCGCGUCCGUCGUAAAUCGUAAUCCGUCGGAAUCCUCCGCGAGAGGAACGUCGAGGGGAGCGCGUUCUUCGAAACGGACUACUCGAGGACGCUCUUCACUUCCGCUUCGGAUCCGCUUCUUUUUGUACAGUGUUCGAUUAUUCAGGCGGACUACAGGUUCGCAGGUACGCGAGUCAGGAUGCGAGUCCUGACGGUGCUGAUCCUAGGAUUGCUCGUCGUCUACGCCGUUGACGGCGCCGUUGUACCGGACGAAGGUCUUAAGAAGGACCUGCAGGAUGUGUGGCAGGAAGAUGACUUCGUGAUUGCGCUGUCUCACAUCAAGAUCAAGAAGAGGCAGUCUGGCAGCGCGAUCGAGACCCUCCUAGCUGUCAAGUAUGGAGAGUCGAAGAGCAAGAUGGUGCUGAUACUCGAUCGGCGAACGAAACGCGUUAUACUCGAGAGCCUCGACGAGAGUGGUCGACGUAGCGCUAGCCACCUUAAGGUGGACAGUCUCGCGGUGAAUGCGCCGUUAAAGAGUCUGAUCAUCCUACUGCAUCAAGGCCAUCCGAAUCCCCGCGUAGACGUAUACGUUGAUUGUAUCUAUCAGGGCUCUAUACCGCUCAAGAGGACCUUCCGUGACAUCGUCGAGAACGAGGAGAAUCCGUACGUGGAAGUGUUUCGAGAACGAAAAAGUCAGGCGAAAGUGUACAGGACCUCGAGCAUCACCGAGGUGUUGAGGAAGGAGGAAUGUCCCGACAAACUAGUUGACAUGAUCAUCCCGUCGAUACUCGAGACCGACUUAUUUCCCGGCCACACGAAGAUUCGACCCCUGUCUCGACCAAUUCUCGGUUCCACUUCCGACGAGGAGGAGACGAUCGAAGAGCCUGACACGUCGGACCCAGACCGCAGUAACCUGGAAUCAUUCGUCAGCAAUAACCGGCCCAAUCGUCAUCGACCGGGUCACAGGGAGCCCUCCGACAAGAAGAAGGCUCACGGUUCUCCAGGACACGGGGAUCCCGAUGACGGUUAUCCCAACUCGCACCGUCCUGAUCGCGACCACAAGCGUGCCGACAAGACCUCGCCCAAUAACGUUUUCAAUUUGAAGCCCGACGAAUUGGACGAGACAGAGCCGGACGCGGACGAUGGAUAUUACGAUCUUGCCAAGCCCGAACGAGUUGAACCGAGAGAAUCCGCCGAGUUCAAACGACCAUACGAGAAACCGGGUUUGCAGCCCGACAAAUCCGGCGAACAAGGACCCUACAAACGACCCGGCGAACAAGGACCCAACAAACGACCCGGCGAACAAGGACCCAACAAACGACCCGGCGAACAAGGACCCUACAAACGACCCGGCGAACAAGGACCCUACAAACGACCCGGCAAAUGGAAUCCGUUCGACGACGACAAGGAUACGGCGUUGGAGCCAUACGAUCAGACUGAUCCCGAGGACGACGACAUCCGACCUGGACGCAAGCCGAGGGUAUCCAGAAGAGGCGACAUUGAUAUCCAAAGUCUGGACGAGAAAAUUUGCCUGACCGACACCAACAUCGUGAAAGCCUUGAACGAGCUGAUCAACGCCACCAAGAAGAUGUGGCGGGAACAGGAGCAAAAUACACUGGAAAUCCAGCAACUUCGUCGUUUGAUCGAAAACUGCGCGGCGUGUCGUGCACCCCUCGUGCAACCGCCGACACGGCCGCCGACGUCCACGUGCGACCAUAACUCCCCGUGCUUCCCCGGCGUUGAUUGCCGCGAUACGUCUAGAGGACCUCAAUGCGGCCCGUGUCCACCUGGUUUCACUGGAAACGGACGGGUCUGCACCAAGAUCCACAUAAUCACCUGUAUCGACCGGCCGUGCUACCCCGGGGUGCAGUGUUAUGAUGUCUCCAGCGGUUACAGAUGCGGCGUAUGCCCGAGCGGGUACGCGGGCAACGGCGAGAAGUGCGAGAGACGCAGAAACGCGUGUCACUCCCAGCCCUGUCACCCAGAGGUUCAGUGCUACCCUACAGAACAUCCACCAUAUUACAGAUGUGGUCCUUGCCCGAGAGGAUACGUGGGUAACGGCACGACCUGUCUCGACGUGAACGAGUGCGAGAUGGCUCACCCGUGCUACCCCGGAGUGCGUUGCAUCAAUCUCCACCCUGGCUAUAGGUGCGACCCGUGCCCAAGGGGUUACCUUGGGUCGUACGUAGAAGGUAUCGGCGUCGAAAUGGCUCGGAAGCAGAAACAGGUUUGCCGGGACAUAAAUGAGUGCGAAACUAACAAUGGCGGAUGCAAUCCUUACUCGGAGUGUAUCAAUACUGAGGGAUCCUACAGAUGCGGUCCAUGCAGAAGCGGCUACAUCGGUAAUCAAACGAGCGGCUGUCAUACCAGAAACAACGUCUGCCCAGACUUAAUAACGGUCUGCGAUGUCAAUUCCGAUUGCAUUCAAGUGUUCGCCCAAGAGUAUACUUGUAAAUGUCAUGUCGGCUGGGCCGGAAACAGCCAGGCUUGCGGCCCCGACACCGAUAUGGACGGUAUUCCCGACAGGAGCCUCAGCUGCCACGAUUCUCACUGUCGGGCCGACAACUGUCCGACGACACCCAACAGCGGGCAAGAGGACACCGACGAGGACGGCAUAGGCGAUGCCUGCGAUGAGGAUUCCGACAACGACGAUGUGCCGGGCGAGAUCGACAAUUGUCCGUUCAUUUAUAAUCCGGAUCAGAGGGACAUCGAUGGCGACAAGAUCGGCGACAUGUGCGACAAUUGUCCGGUGGUUAAUAAUCCGAAGCAGUCGGAUAUCGAUGGCGACGGCAUUGGCGACGACUGCGACGACGACAUGGACGACGACCGUAUCGUGAAUCACCAGGACAAUUGUCCGAAGGUGAAGAACGCGGAUCAAGUCGACACUGACGGCGACAAAAUCGGCGAUGCCUGUGAUAAUUGUCGACUCGUGCUGAAUUUCGACCAGGCGGAUCAGGACGGCGACGGUGUCGGGGAUGUUUGCGACAACGACAUAGAUAAGGAUAACGACGGUGUCCAGGACAACUUUGACAACUGUCCCAGCUUGCCGAACCCCGAGCAGAACGACGUUGACCACGAUGGUAUCGGCGAUGAGUGCGACGACGACAUCGACAACGACGGUGUGCCGAAUGUAAUUGACAACUGUCCCUACGUGUACAAUCCUGAUCAACGCGACAUCAAUCACGACGGUAUCGGCGACGCGUGUUGGAACGACAACGACAACGACACGGUAAUCAACAUCUACGACAACUGUCCUAACAACAGUCAGAUAUGGUCGACGGACUUCCGUAAAUAUAAGACGAUCGCUCUCGACCCGAUCGGUACUUCGCAGGAAGAUCCAGUAUGGAGAAUUAAUCAUUACGGCGCGGAGAUUCAACAACUCAUUAACAGCGACCCUGGCAUCGCCAUAGGACCGGACGUAUUCAGUGGCGUCGAUUACGAAGGCACCUUUUACGUCGACGACGACACUGACGACGAUUACGUGGGAUUCGUGUUCUCCUACCAGGACAAUCGCAGAUUCUACGUCGUCGCCUGGAAGCAAAAGGACCAGGUCUACUGGCAGGGCACUCCGUUCCGCGCAAUGGCCGAUGCCGGGAUUACGCUGAGACUUGUCAAUUCUGAGACCGGGCCGGGCAAGAUGCUUAGAAAUAGCCUGUGGCAUAACAAGGACACGCCUAAGCAAGUGAAGAUUUUAUGGAGGGACCCGAAGAAGUACGGCUGGCAAAAGAGGACUUCGUACAGGUGGCAUCUGCUCUAUAGACCGCAGAUCAGCCUGAUCAGAUUCUGGCUGCACGAAGGCAUGCGACUGGUAGCCGACUCCGGAAACAUUUACGAUUCGACCUACAAGGGCGGCCGACUGGGUGUCUACUGUUUCUCGCAGGAGAAGAUCAUCUGGUCCGAUUUGCUGUACAAAUGCACAGAAACCGUGCCACAAUCUGUAUGGAACGAGUUACCGUCUCACCUGCAGGCGCAGAUCCAGGUGAGUGCCAGCAGCUUUGGGCAUCCGCAGAUAGCACAACAGAGAAUGGACGACUAUUACUGAAAAUCGUUUUCGGCGAUCUAUUUACGGCAUGAUAAGAAGAGAACGAGGAAGGGAGUUUAAGUUUUUCUAUCUGUAAUCCUCUUGCAAGAGUAUCGAGAGCCGAUUUGCAACCGGUUUAAAGCCGCUACAAUCGAUUACACCGAAGUAGCGCGCUCGAGCAGCACAUUUAAAUAAAAUUGAAGCUCCGCUAAUUCGAAACUAUAAAAAAACUUUUGUACAUUUUUUUGAUAGAUUAUGUUGAUUCUGUAAGAGACAUUUAAUAUUCCAAACGGCGCUCGGAUAUAUUUUUUCUCGUUAACUUAUUAAUCAAUUUCUAUUCUAUCGGAAAUAAUUAUCCGAACAUUAUUAUCACGGUCUCAGUGUUAUUUUAAACCAAACGUACUUACUUUGCGCGGAUAUUGAAACGAGUGUAUAAUCACGAAAUAUCUCAAUUAAUAUAUACGUUAAUAUAUACGUUAAUAUA